UUGUCAAUUGUCAUAUUCAAGUACGGUUGUUUUGCCUUUUUUCUGUGUCGUUUUCGUUUUUAUUUGUGAAGAGCUAAAAGUUUUAAGUUAAAAUCUUUGCAUAACAUUAAUAUAAACAUGAGAAAAAUGUUUUAUUGGUUAAAGAGUAAUUAAAAACACUCUCAGUUCAGUGAUCACGAGUUCGACUCUUCUUAGAAAUUGCGUAUCAUGUAACUCCGUGCUUUUGUAGUGUAUUUUAUUGCUGGAAAUUGCAGAAUCUAUUUUCGAACUCCCGCUCUUGUUUAUCGUACGUGAAGUAUUAAUUAUAAGCAUGUGUUAAAAAUAAUAUUGACAUAGGUUUUCGCACAGCAUCUGGGUUCUCUCUUAACUCCAUCUAAUGCCUUUGUAAUGUCAAGAUGACAGUGAAAUAAUUUACCAAAAUGAGUUGGUUGCGCAGCACAUCACUAACAUUUGCGAGACAGUUGUCCAAAACCCUGGAUCCUCGUCAUGAUUACGAGCCUCAUGCAUGCUAUAAUUCAUUUUGCAAGCACUGGCAGCAAGCUCAUGAAAUUAUAGUCAAGUCACAGCCCCAACAUCUUCAUGAUGAUGUACUGGGAGUGGUAAAUCACUUGGAACAGCUGGCAACCCUACUUGUACUCGAAGCUAAGGCCAGGGAAAUAAGUCACAUGUCAAGCCCAGCAUCAUGCCUUGAAUACCUCCUUAGUGAGAACCUCCUUGAUAAAUUAUAUGAAUGGGCUGUUAGUACUGGCAAAUACGAGAAUGCUGUUCGCUUAGAACAGUUGAGGCUCUUCGGAAAUUUGGUUACGCACUAUAAUUCACAGGUUAUAGCCGCUGAACCAUUCCUCCGACCUCUACUGAAAUUACUCAGUAGUUUUCGGAACGAACUACUACCCACGAAUCUAGAAAGUCAAUUAGUUUCUCUCCUGAACCAACUAUGUGUGGUGUUGAUGCAGAAUAUGAAACUCAUAGACCUGUUCUUCCUGAUGACACAGACUAAAAAUGGUUCACAGGCUGAGUUUAUAAUAGGUCGACUUCUCUUGUGCUGCGUCCAUCGCGAGGGUCCGGUUGGUUCGGAAGCUAGAGACGCGUUUCUUUUGUGCGCCAAAAUGUCAGCCAGUUGUCCGCCAUUGGCUCAUUGUCUCCUUGCUGGAAACGCGUGUCCUAUACUUGCCACCGGUCUAAGCGGUCUCUAUUCCUUACUGCCGAGGUCGCUGUGCGUCGCUCGACUGCUACCAGAUGACGUGAACAGAGUACACAAGCUCACAUUGUUUAUUGACUCGCUGGAGUUUUGCAAUGCCGUGGCUCAGGUUGCGCACCCAUCAAUAAAGAGACAUCUAUUGGAUUUGCUUUACCAAGGUUUCUUAGUGCCCGUCAUGGGUCCCGCAUUAUUGCAGAAGAAAGCGGAUUCCUUACAGAGCGGUGCGGCGGAACAAGCGACGGCUAUGGCCUAUUUGGAGCUUUUACUGAGAUGCGUCACCUCUGGUGGUCUGCUAAGGGUUAUACUGCAUUAUUUAUUCACUUACGAAUACGACGGCGUCAGAGUCAUGGAUGUGCUGCUCGGACGGUUGGAGGGGAAUUCGCAAUUGUCGUUGGUGACGCUGUCAUUAAUGGAAACUCUGAUAGAUCUGAACACCGAAGACGUUAUGAUGGAGCUCGUAUAUAAAUAUCUACUGAGCGGGAACCACUUGUUGGCUGCGUACAGAAGCAAGCUCACCGACCCGGAGCCUUAUAGAGAGGCUGCGGUAGCAUUCCUCGGUCUUAGUCCGAAUUGUUGUAUGAGAUCUGUACGUAAAACUAGGGAGUGGGUCGACGAAUUGGCUAUGAGCGGAAGAAGGAUAUUGGAUUUUAAAUGUGACAGUGACAACCGCAGAGUCAACGGCGUGCACGGCGACAUCGCCAUGAGCAACCUGGUCCAGGAGGUCAACUUUGACUACGGGAAUCCAAACGAGACGCUCUUCAGCAACUACCACGCGUAUCUCUGCGAUGCUAGAUUCGAAAUAGUAUCGAGGACGGUAGCGAGCGCUAACUGGACGAACAGAUACGACAGUGUAGUCCCUAAAAGAGAAACAAAUAAUAAUACGAAAGUAACGAAAGAGAUGGUCGCGGGGACGCACAUGAGGGAGCAGGACAGCCUCGUCUCACUGUCGGCCAGUGGCUACGACACCCUCAAGAACAGUGACACGUCCGAGAAGGAGGCUCACAGCCUGAGCUCACUGAACGAAGCGGUUGAGAACAGAAGCGAUAACAAUGAAACGAAAGACCAGGACAGCUUGACCUCCAUGGGUGAAAGUAGUGGCUACGACAGCUUCCUGUAUAGAGUGGACGAUCAAGACGACGAAGGGUUCUCAGAGGAUUCCUUCAAGAAGAGUAUAAUCAGUGUGAAACAGGAAGUUAGGGAGUACGAGGAGCCGGUGAAGAGCUGGAGGGUCAGCGCCGAAACGAUUAUCGGUCCUCUCCUAGCGAGUCUUCUCCGUAAGUCAGCCAGUUUCCUAGAAUCCGAGCUGGCUGUCGCGUGUCGCGUGUCGAGUGUUCUAAGCAAGCUAGCCUAUUUCCCAACACCGAUACUGUCAGCGUUGCUGCUGUGUCCCGGAUUCCUGUUGCAACCAAACGUGCCAUCGCUGUUUCAAAUCCUGAGUCGUUUAAAACAAGAACUGGACGAGUUGACGGCUGGUCUCGAUAACGUCGGCGAGUUGGUUGAUAAGGCGCGAGUGUUUCUCAUACACCGCGAGAUGGCUCUGACGAGGCGGCCGCAGAAAAAUGAAGGACAGUCGAAGUCAAAUCCAGCCGCACAGAGAGACGAGUCACCUUUCCGACGAGUCGAGGUCAAGAGACGGAGCAUCUCGUCCAGCUUCUCCAGCAUGUUCAACAGGAAGACGUCCUUAUCACCAUCACAACAAAACUCAAACAGUCUACAAAACACAAGCAACAUCAGCCCAGCACAGAAACGUCCGAUAUUCACACAGGAGGUGUACUGGAAUCAAUCCAUAACGUUGAGAUCAAUCCUGAACGCUGUCAUACUGGACGAGUGGUUGAAGGAACUGUCGGCCAUAUGCGAGGAACACGCUCUGCGUCUUACAGCCGAUGUCUACGAAAACGACACGUACAUACGAUCCGUGGCAUUAUGACUGUUGGCCGUUGCCUCUGGCAUGAAAAAGAGUAAUGUCAUUUCUGACACUUGCGUGUAAUGUAAAUAGACCAAACGGUGUAGAAAAAUAAUAUGAACAAUAAAAUGUAGUUAGUUGUUACGAUUUUAUUUUAGUCAAUUAAUAUUUUAUGAUAUCUACGAACUUGGAACUUUAUGCUUAGGUUACACUUACUUAAUGUCUAAGUACAUAAGUCGUUACGUCAUAUAUGUAGUGAAAAAAAAAUAUAUAAUUUUAAUAAUAAAUGCCAUGAAUGUAAUUUUGAACUGUGAUUUUAUGAUGUUCAAAAAUAAUUGGAUCAUAAUUUAUUACAUAUUUACAAUAUUUUUAUUAGAAUUUUAGGUAUAGUUAGUAUCGGGAUGCUGUUACUGAACGUUAAUGUAGCCGUUCGAGUUUUAAAUAACUAACUUGAAAAAUCAUUUUUUUUUAAUUUAAUAUCAAUACAUAUAUGUUACUAUUGUUUUAUUUUUGUGACAUGUCCGUUUUAUAAUAGAAAAUAUCUGUGUCUUAUGUUCGUGCAACGAAUAUUAUUUCGCGACAUUUUUAUAUUAUAUUUUAUUGUAUAUUUAUAUAAAAUAAUUUUCUAAAUUUAAAAUGUGAAUAUUUUUUUUUUCAACAUUAAAAGUAAAGGUGCAAAAUUUUUAAUAAUACGUCAACAUUUAUCGUCCGCGUCCGUCCAAGGGAUCUAAUAUAUAUAUUUUUAAAGCUUUUUAUAAUAAAAUUCACAUUAAUACACCGAAGCGAAUUUCCUUCGUCAUAUUUUGUACAAAUUCAGCAUUUUUAAUGAACGCAGUUGUUGCUUACGUUCGGAAAUUUUUAAUAAUACAAAUGUAAUAUUAAAUGGUCAAGUAUUUUUGAGAUUAUUAUUAUUAUACAUAUGUAUUAUAAAAAAAAGUAUAAAUGUUUUAAAGAACUUUGUUUGAGACGAGUUUUUUUUAAAAUAUCUAUUGAGUUUCUAAUAACUUUUUUACCAGGUUAUAUAUAUUUUAUUGUAUUUUAUGAUAUUCUAUCAUAUUUGUUUUUCUUUUCUUAUUAACAUUACGGAAAUGUGGAUGGAAUCUAUAUUAAACGCAGUCAUAAUUUUCUUAGUAAAACUAAAUUCUCCAAGGGAUUCGCGAAAAUUAUUUGCACAAUUAAUUGUAUUAUAAAUUUUAUACAUCUUCAUACUUAAAUAAAGUUGUGAAUAUAAAAA